AAGAACAAAGGAUGAAAGGAUGACUGAACGAAGAGGAUACAACUAACAAAAUAUCGAUACAAUAAUAAAAGACUCGUUAAUAUGGGGAAGAAGAAACAAGAUGCGCCAAGAAAUAAUCAUGUAUCCACGGUCCCGAAAAAAACAGCGAAGACGAAGUUGAAAAAAAAGGAAUAUGAGGAGAAAAUAUUGCAACCUUUUGGUAGUUUUGGAAAUCAUAGCAAAGCAUAUGUAGCCUUGGCGAUUUUACUGGCUACAUGUGCUGGAAUCCUUCACAGUGCGCAUGUCUCUCGGAUGUUUGAAAAUGAACGGUUUUUCUCUCACCUUUCCACCUUGGAGAGGGAACUUUCAUUCAGGACUGAAAUGGGUCUCUACUAUUCAUACUACAAAACUAUUGUUGAAGCACCAACCUUUUGGAGUGGUGUUCAUGCCAUCAUGAACUGUAACAUCACAGAAUAUCCUCAAACAACAAAUACACUGAAGAGAUUUAAUUUAUACCCAGAGGUCCUUUUGGCUGCUGGGUAUAGAUUAUAUAUUUGGGUAGCAAAUACAUUUGAGAUUCAAACAAAAGUAUGCUAUCAAGUGAACAGAGGCUAUAAUCUACCACCUGUAGAGAGUUGUGAAGGGAUGGGUGAAUUGUCAUUCUUUUAUGUGUAUCCUAUAUUUUAUCUCAGUGGAAUUACAAUGUUUUGUUUCUUUCUACUUUGUUUUUACUUGAGCGGUAGCAUUUGGGGAGGAAUUAUCGGAAUCACUACAUAUUUUUACAACCAUGGUGAGGCAACACGCGUUAUGUGGACGCCUCCUUUACGUGAAAGUUUCUCAUUUCCACUGCUUGUUGUACAAUUGUUGUCAGUAACCAUUGUUCUUAAGCAUCCUAAACCAAACUGGUAUCAUACCUGUUUAAUACUUAUUACUACCCUUGGUUUUAUGUUGCCAUGGCAGUUUGCCCAGUUUGUUUUGCUAACACAGACAUGCGCCCUUUUCGGUCUUUAUGCACUAAGGUUUAUAACAGCUAAGAAGAUUUGCUGUAUUUUGUACGGUCUCUUUAUUGCUCAUGUUGCAAACUACGUCUGUCAAUUUGGAAAUUCUAUGUUACUCAGUUCAUUUUUCAUGGCAGCUGUUAUCUCAGUGUUGGUAAUAUCCAAUUUGGAACUCUAUAUAUUCAAAUUACCAAAUAUCAUUUUAAUUUGGGCUGUGCAAGGCUCCGUAUUUUUAGUUGGUACUUUUGGAAUAAAGUUUCUAACAGCGAGGCUUCUUAAUAUCAAAGAUGAUGCACAUAUUGUAGAUAUCCUGAAAUCGAAGUUUACAAGUUAUAAAGAUUUCCAUACCUUGUUAUACACUUGUGCACCCGAAUUUAAUUUCAUCGAAAUAGAGACAUUUUACAAGUUAUCAAAGACUUUAUUGUUACCUUGUGCUCUCCUUGGUGUUACAGCCAUUCUUUUCAAGAUCAUAAAAUUUGAGAUACAUUACUGGUUGUUAUCGAAAGAUGACGAGACACCCAAUGGUGCAGCAGAUAAUGAAGAUGACGAGAUACCAUUAUCGAAUCUAAAACCUUAUGCUGAGCAUUUCUAUCACGUACUUCAAGCAUCCGCGUUCAUCAUCAUUGCCAUAUUAAUCAUGCGUCUAAAAUUGUUCGGAACACCUGCACUGUGCAUCAUGGCUUCCAUGGUUGCCUCACGACAGUAUUUCAGCUUCGUUGGCAGUAAAACUCGGCAUCAAGCAAUCUUGGUUGUGAUAUUAGCAAUGAUGUCUGUGCAAGGAAUUGCCAAUUUAAGAAUCCAGUUUAACACGAGUGGAGAAUACAACAAUCCUCACUUGGAAGAACUGAUCAGCUGGAUAGAAACAAAGACGUCAAAAUUUCACGUAUUUGCUGGUUCAAUGCCGACAAUGGCCACGGUCAAGUUGACUACAAAGAGACCAAUCGUAAAUCACCCGCAUUAUGAAGAUGCUGGACUGAGAGAAAGAACAAAAAAGGUUUAUCAGAUGUACAGCAGAAAACCUUGUGAAGAGAGCUGGAAAUCGUUGAUAGAUAUGGGCGUGAAUUACAUUAUUAUUGAAAAAAAUUGGUGUUUUGGCAGAUCAAAGCAAGGAUGCAGUAUGCCAGACAUAUGGGACGUUGAAGAUAUUAAAAACAGAGGAAGACCAAGUUGUUGUAGUAUAUUAUUUAAGAAAAUAGAGGAAGGAUCACAUGUCAAACCUUUUCAGCUAGUAUUUAGAAAUGAUGACUAUACUGUAUUCAGGACAUGACAAUGGCGAUAGUUUACCCAGACAUUGGAAUAACAUAAAAUGAUCUAAGUUAAAAAAUUUAAAUUAUGUAUUAAAACCAGUUUUAAGAGUUUUGGAGAUAUGUUUGAUAUGUGAAUGAAAAAUGUCAUUGACCAGCAAAGCAAUAUGCCUUGUUGCCUUGGUCAAAACUGAUCAUCACUUAGAAUUUUUAUGCUUUCACAUUUUCAUAAAUGAAUUAUUAAAUUAUACACAUGCACAUCCACUUCAAUGUCUAUGGUCUUUUUGUUUGGAUUGGCUAAGCCAAAUAUACGAUAGAUUGUCUACUACGGUAGAUUGUUUUAUUUAUGCUGAAGCAAAGUGCUUGGAAUGAAAAAGUUGAAAAUUUUAAGUAUAAAUACAAUACUAAUGUUUGCAUUCCAAUAUCCCUAGCUUGACAUAUAUAGGCACCCCUCGCUUUGUCCACUAAACGCUUCCUCCUUAGUUAUAAUGCAUUGUGCUUAUAGAUGCUGGAUAAGAUGGUAACCACGGGCGUCCGGCCAGCAGC